AUGGUUGCCCUAAAUCAAGAAGCUUUUCCUGCUAAUUCCUCUGAAGAGACGGAAAGCGUCGCGGUUGCCAACGAUGAAGUGGAUCUGCCUGAGCUCAGCACUGAGCAAGCUGAAGUCUACGGCGUGUUCGCCAGUGAGUCGUUCGAUCCUCAUUAUUACUAUGGACAGUGCCUCAUCGAAUUGGGCCGCAUCGAGGCUGAUGUGUUGAAAAACGCAAUGACCGAUAUGCCUGAAGCAGACGAAGAUGAGGAAGAGACCGAAGAAGCAGAGAACGGCGUCGAGGAAAAUGAACAAGAUAAGGAUGAAACCAUUGGUGAUCCCGAUAAGCUUACUGAAAGUGAGCGUGAAGAGAUAAGAGAGCAAGUGGAAGAGGCUCUCGCAGAAAAUGCAGAGGAGUUGGACAAGGCUGAAACUGCUGCCAGUGGUGAUAGUGAGGUGAAAGACGACAAGGUGGCAGAGAGCUCUGAAAAAGAGGCGCUUGAAGAAGAUAGCAUACCUGAAUCUGAGGACAGCGCUGACGUUGUUGAUGAGCCAACAGCCCCUGACUCUACAGUGUCGACAGGGGAGGUUCCUGCAGUCCCUGUCGAUGCCGAAAUGCCUGCUGUGUCUGACGCUACUGAAUCCGCUGCCGUAGAACCAGCCGUACCCGAUGCUACCGAAUCCGCCACAGAGCCUGCCUCGACUGAUGAAAAAACUGAUGCAGUUGAGAUGAACGAAGCAGGUGAUGCCGAAGCAGUGCCGAUUGUUUCAGAACCUGACGCUGAAGCAAAGGAUGACACAGAGGAGGAGCCUAGCAAUUUCCAAGCUGCCUGGGAAGUUCUGGAGGUAAUGCUUGUUUGA